CUUCGUCGUCGUUACUGCAUAUCCUCAACCUCCCCCCGCACUUUCUAUGCUGGGCGGUCGAAACACCGCUCACUUACUCUUUUCCUCUCAACAAAAGAUUGAAGAAAAAAUUAAUUCGGUACGUUUUUAAUUCCGGACGUUGCUGAUAAGGUGGCUUAGUUCAGGGAGUGGCUGGAUAAGAGUUGGUGUCUUCGGAGAAGAAGAACAGAUUAAUCAUGUCGAGUACUCCGGCCUCAGCGGUGAGGAUGACGAGAACGGGGCGCAGAGUUGUGCCAACGCCCGCUGCAGCAGCGGCUGCUGCAGAUAAGGCGGCAUCAGAUAAAGAGAAGGAAGCAAAGACAACCCCCACAUCGUCCCCAGUGGCACAUCCAGUGACGACGCCAGUGGCGAAAAGUGUUGCUGAAAAGGGGGUGGUCCCACCACCUUCUAGGAUGAGUUCAAGAAUGGCUGCGGCAGCGAAAUUUGUCAAACCUGAUGAGGCAGUAAAAGAAUCGCCUAAAUCAGCAACAACAACAACUCCUGGGAAAGAGCAAACAUCACCACAGACGACGAAACCAAAAUUGGAUGACUCCUCUGUUGGAGAGGCUUCUAAACGACGAAUUGUUACUACUACUCCUACUGUUUCUAGAGUGGCUGGAAAAGGAGCAAAUCGUUCAACAGUACGGGUUUCCUCAGGAUCAAACGACGAAUCUGUAAGCGAACCAACAAUGCCUGUUGCAAAGCGGGCCAAGAUUUCAGAACCUAUCAUAGAAAUACAGCAAGAGACAUCACCAUUAGAAAAGACCAUACCUCGUUCAAAAACUAUACAUAUAGAACAACAACAAGAACAACAUGAGGAAGAAGAAACUCAAGUUCUGCACGUAAUACAUAAACCAGAACCGAUGGAAACCCAUGAUAUAAUUGACGAUUCUCAGAUCUUUGAGGCUGUUGCGAAAAUGAAUGCAGAAGCUGAUUUGGCAAAUAGCGCUGCGGUACGUGUUGUAGAACAAGAGCAACAAAGGAGUGCUGUGGAUUCAAUUCUUGCAGACACGACAAUUUCAGUUGUACACGCCGCCGAAGUUGCGGAAUAUGAAGUGGAAGAAGCCGCGCAGCAGGUCACUCAGGUUGUCGAAGUAGUAAAUCCUCCCUGGAACGAACAAGGCUGUAUUAUUUGUAAUGUAGACAUUACAAUCAACGAUCCAUCUAAUUCAGUCACCAAGAGUGAACAGCUUAAGGAUUUCUUUUUGGAAUUUUUCUCCGUGGGUGACCAAAUCUCUUUGGAGGAUGAAAAUACAUUCCCCUUCUGUCAAAAAUGUGCAGAAGAAAUGGAUGGGCUACUCGUUGUGAGUCAGAACAUUGAAUCAAUGCACAAGCAGUUUAACAAAGUGCGAGAUUCUAUGGCGCGGAAGGCCAUCAAAACUUUUCUUACAAGGACGAAACCAAAUUGUUUGGAGGAAGAUGCAAAGGCAGAAAAUUACGGAUUUUUGGACGAGGAACAGAAAAAGUCCUACAAAGACCAGAUGUUUCAACUGUGGAAAUCUCGUUACGAGUUGGUUCAGCCUGGGCCUAAGACACCAAUUAUGAUCCGAUCUAUGGAUUCUCGCGGACGUGUGACCGUGGUUCGUCUCAACAGCCAUGGACAAGCUGUUCCUGACAAAUUUGGAGGAGUACGAGGGGUCGUCCGACCGACGGAAGUCCCUCUAGGUGGGAUGGGAAGACUCUUAACUAAUGGUGGUGAAGAUGAUGAAGAAAGUGGGAAUGGGAUGGGAGGAGGAACUACUUUAGAAAUUUAUCAGUGUAAAGAUUGUCCUAAAGCAUUUAGUGCCAAGUCAAUGCUCGCUUAUCAUGCACGCGUUCACACUGGAGAACUUCCAUACGAGUGUGAUCAGUGUGGAAAGGCUUUCUCUGUUCCUGACUACCUUUUGACACACAUGAAAACACACUCAGGGGAAAAGCCUUACAAGUGCUCGGAAUGCGGCAAGGGUUUUGCUCAGCGGGGUGGGUUAGUGACACAUUCUCUUGUCCACACCGGGGCGAAACCCUUUUCCUGUCAGAUUUGUGGAAAGUCUUUCCGUCAAAAAUAUCACCUGACUCAACAUAAUUUAAUCCAUUCGGGUGUCAAGCCGUUUUCUUGUGACCUUUGCGGCAAGGCGUUUAACGUUAAGAUGAACCUACGCGAACAUAUGCGACGACACACUGGAGAUCGUCCUUAUAAAUGUCCCUACUGUACAACUGUUGGUUUCUUCCGGAAAAAGAUGUUGAAAGAGCAUAUUAUCAAAGCUCACCCACAGCGAGCUAUGCCUGAAGAGUUGAUGGGUCCCGAACCUUCAACCAGCUAUGCAGCACAUGACGAAGAAGAUGAAGAAAUGGAAGAUGUUGAAGAUGAAUCGGAAGAGAUUAUACCCGAAAUAGACGAAGAAGAAGAAGGGGAAGUAGCCGCAUAAGUUCGCUAAUGAUUUAUCGAAAUAGUUAAAAAUAUUAUAUAGGGUAAACUUGUAUUCAAAUAUGUUUUCCUGAUUUUAGUUGACCUUUAAAUUUGUUUUUAAAUAGUCAUAAUGUGGUAGUAAGUUCGAAGUGGUUACGCGAAGGUGCAAGUGACACACGAUAUUUGUUUGUGAUCACGAAUAACUUAUUAAGCGAGCCUGACUUGGCACAAUUGCAAAAGGAAUUUAGGGUUAUUUUAUUUAUUAUUAAUGGACGAAUGUUGAAUCGUUGUUCCUCUCAUCCCAUUUUCGGUAACAAAUAAUAAAAAAUUUUAUAAUUUUUCGAGGUAGGAUAAUAAAAUGAAAUUCUAAACAUGUCAAA